UUUAAGGGUUUACCAAGAACUUGAGUCACAAAUAAAUCUUAUCGGCAUGACAUUCCAAAAAAUGUCCAACUUAAUCAACAAAAACUCCUUAUUAUUUUAUUACGCUGUCUCAUCCUACUUAAAUUUCAAAUUAAAUUCGCGAGUCUAAUCUAACUAUAUUCAAGUUAUCUUCAAUACAUUCCUGAGGUGAAUUUAGUUCCAUUUUAUACUGACAAUGGAGAAGUGGAUUGGAAAAGUUGCUAUUGUUACCGGUGCCUCUGCUGGAAUUGGUGAAGCCAUUGUAAAAAGUUUAGCCAAAAAUGGUAUUCACGUUGUUGGACUAGCAAGAAGAAGUGAAAAAAUUGACGAAUAUGUUAAGAAACUUGGAAAAACUCCUGGGACGAUUUAUUCUCUCAAAUGUGAUGUGUCCGACUUGCAAUCAGUGAAGGAAGCAUUCAAAUGGAUCGAAGAAAAGUUUGGCUUUAUUCAUAUUUUGAUUAAUUAUGCUGGCGUUGCUUAUAAAAUGCAAAUUCUCGAUGAAGCCGAUGUAACUGAAAAGAUUGAUUCCAUUCUCAAGACCAACGUAUCUGGAUUAGUUUAUUGUACAAGGGAGGCAGUGAGAUUGAUGAAGAAAGCUGAUGAUUAUGGAAUGAUAGUGAACGCUGGGUCCAUUGUUGGUCACAAUAUUCCAUUCCGUUCAAAUUCCUUUAACAUGUAUGCUCCAUCAAAAUAUGCAGUGACUGCUAUUUCUGAAGUUUUACGUCAGGAAUUAAUUACUCAAAACAACCAUAAAAUACGGGUGACAAAUCUAAGUGGAGGCUACGUUCGUACACAAAUGACAACUCCAUUAAAUGUCGAUCCAGAUGAAUAUUUCUCCAAUAAACCAAUACUGAUGACGGAAGAUAUUGCUUUGACAAUUAAUUUUCUUCUUGAAACUCCAGUUCAUGUAAAUAUUUCUCAACUGACUAUAAAACCGGUCGGUGAGCAAUUCUAAGCCAACAACAAAACAUAAAUCAUCAACUUACUUCUUAUCAUACACAAAAGAUAAUUUUCAUCUGUUAUCUCUCUAAAUCGUUUUCGACUCAUCGAAAAAAAUGUCAUUUAGUAACCAAACUCUGAUCGAAAAACAUAAAAAAAAAUAAAAAUUAAUAUUACAUAGGACA